AUGUUUGUCGACCCAGCACGAGCCGCCCUCGCGCUUCAAUCCGUCCAGACGGUGCGCGUCCCUCGCCUGACGGCCCACGCCGACUGGCACGAGUGGGUCCUCGCCGUCGAGGAGGCAGCGACGCUCGGCGGGUGGGCCGACGUCCUGUACGGCCGGCGACCGCGGCCCGAGGCGACGCCGUGGACCUCGCCGAGCGCGACCCUCGUCGAGGAGCAGGCGAGGUGGGACGAGGAGAACCAGAGGGCAUACCUGCUCCUGAGGUCGCUGUGCGACUACACGGUCAAGAUGACGAUGGGCGACGAGACGUGCGCGGCGAGGGUCUAUGUCGGGCUGCGCAAGCGGUACGGGAACUCGUCGGCGCAUCAUCGGUGACGGAGCGGCGACGCAGGACGACGUCCAGAGCGGUAAUCUAUCGUGCUACCGACGAC